UGGUGGUUCGGGAAGGGAAUGUGCCACAUCAGCCGGUUCGUCCAGUAUUGCUCCCUGCACGUAUCCACACUCACGCUCACGGCAAUCGCGCUGGACAGACGCCAGGUCAUUCUCCACCCUCUGAGGCCCCGCAUGUCCCCGGCUCGUGGUGUUGUGUGUGUGAUUCUUAUCUGGGUCAUGGCCAGCUGCUUCUCCUUGCCUCAUGCCAUCUACCAGGAGCUCCUAACCUUCGUGUACAGUAAGGAGAAGGUGCGCAGCCUUUGUGUCCCCGACUUCCCCGAGCCCUCUGACGUCUAUUGGCAGUGCAUUGACCUCCUCACCUUCAUCCUCCUCUACGUCCUACCCCUCCUCAUCAUCACCGCCGCCUACUCAACCGUGGCACGCCGCCUGUGGCGCCGUAACGCUAUCGGGGACACCACCACUGCGCAGUUCGCUGUGCAACGUCGGAAGCGGCGGCGCACCCUGGCUAUGUUGUUGGUGGUUGUUGGGGUGUUCGCGGUAUGCUGGUUCCCUCUGAACUGCUACGUGGUGCUUCUCUCCAGCCAGGCCAUUCAGUCAUCCAAUGCCUUGUAUUUCUGUUUUCAUUGGCUGGCGAUGAGCUCGACGUGUUACAAUCCCUUCAUCUACUGUUGUCUGAAUCCCGCCUUCCGCCAGGAGCUAAGGCUGCGAUUGGGCAUGUGCCGGAAGAGGGGGCGUGGAGGGGUGGGGCCGGUGCUGGUGGCUCCACCCUCCUGCGCACUCUGCCACAGAGCUGCCUGGCCGGAGAGCCGCACCUGUUCUCGGCCUCUUCACGCCUCUUCACACCCGAGCCGCGCCUCCUCUCGGCCAAGCCACUCCUCGUCCUCUCACCAGCUUCCUAAAGACAGGCAUGUCCUUUUCUCUGCUAGACAUGCCAAUAAAACAGACAUCCUAUCAGUGGAGCCUAUAGUAGCUGUCAGUUAACUACAACUACCAGAAUGCACUUGGGUUGGGAUUGUGUGAAUGAUUGAGUUUAUUUGACAAUUAAAGACAUGUAAAGUUGCUGCAUUUGGUGGUGAGUCCUGUUGAAGGACUACGUUAUUAGCUAAAGACAGUUGGGGCUCUAGAACAGGAAAUGUAUUAUCUUUUAAAUCAAAUCAAAUUUUAUUUGUCACAUACACAUGGUUAGCAGAUGUUAAUGCGAGUGUAGCGA